AUGUUUGGGAAUGAUGAUUUCAUGUUUCACAAUUCACCUAGAAAGGAUACCAAUGUUGAAUUGAAUACCGAGAAGAUAAGUAUUCCUAAUGUCACUGUAAACACAUCUGAUGUGGAUACAAACAUUGCUUCUAGUGAACCAGUUAUAACUUUAAUCCCUAAGCAAACUUCUAUCACACCACCCGAAGUUCCUAUUUUCAAGUCCAAUGUGGAGGAGUACAUGACUUCAAACAUCCCUAAGAAUUUAUCUAAAAAGGACUUACAUGUUACUAUGAGUGAAGGGAAUUUGAAAUUAGCCAUCAACACUUCAACUGUUCCACCACCACGACCUUCGUCACCACCACAAACUUCAACUAUUAUACCAACAAUAGUUCUAGAUGUUUCACCUACAUUCGCAGGCAUCAUUAAUGAAAAAAAUACUUUAUUAUUCUCUUCUCAAUCAACAUAUUAUAAGACACCGAAUAACGAAGAUGAUGAGGAUGGUGAAAUGGUUGGAUUUGCGUCGUUAGAAUUUAAUCCUGAAGAAGAAGAUGUACAUGACAGUGCGAUUAUGUCAGGAAAGAAAUACAAGAUUAUGAAUUCCAAGCUCAGCACCAUUACUUAA